UGCAGCAGUUUCUGCUUCCUCAGUCUUUUGGGAGAAGGGCAGAGGCUGGUGAGGAUUAAAGCCAGCUGCUCCCUUCCCAGCUUCCUCCUUCUAAGACUCCUUAGACUGAAAGAGGAAGGCAGCACUGGCGCUGCAUGAAGCUAAUGAAAAGGGCCCAGGAUUGAAAGUCAGACUGAGGACUGUGGACAGAGCUGCAACUCAGGGAAAUAGGAAACAAGUGACAUUGUGGGGGUGAGCAGGAAGGUGGGCGUGAGCAGGAAGGUGGGGGCACUCAAUUUCUUCCCACAGCCAGUCCUGAUCUUAGGCAUCAGCUCUCUAACCCUGUUAUUGCUUCUACUCUAGUCCUUCAACAGAGGGAACAGAAGUCUUGAUAGUCCCACCCAAGUGAUUGGUGCACAAACUCCAGAUGCUCUCCCCACCACAGAGGAUGCCUGCUUCCUUCCCAUGUCAAACACUGUGGGCCAUCUCCAAGAAGUCUUAGCUGAUUAUUCCAGUUUGGAUCUGUCACUUCUCACCUCCUGUCAUGGCUUUUCCUAACCCCUGCAAAUGCCCCCAUUCCAAUUAAAUGGCUUCUGCAUUAGUCAAGAGGAAGAAAAUGGGGCCUGAACUAGACAGAUGGCAGGGAAAGGUAUUCAUGGCAUCACCAAGAACACAGAAAACGCUACAUAUACUCCAUUCCUUUAUGAAAGUUGUCUUGGGAUAUCAAUUCUAUGGAUAUUUAAUAUUCUAUCUACUCAAUGAGAUUCAAAUUUCUUUGAGGGUAGAAAAUAUGGAUUAUGCUUCUCCAUGUCUAUGAAGGCUGCUAGGUUAUUUUAUUUGAAGUCUAGCAGUGGAAACAAGAGGUAAUCUUUGCAGGUGGAAUAUAAUAGGUUGAACUCUAAUCAUAUAUAUUAUAGAAAGUGUGUAUAGAAGGUGAAGAAGCCCUGUAAAAAUUGACAAGGAGAUUUUCUGGGAGCCAUGCUUCCCUCUAAUAUCACCUCAACACAUCCAGCUACCUUUUUGUUGGUAGGAAUUCCUGGUUUGGAACACCUGCAUGUCUGGAUCUCCAUCCCCUUCUGCUUUGCUUAUACUCUGGCCCUGCUGGGAAACUGUACCCUUCUCUUCAUUAUCCGGGCUGAUGCAGCCCUCCAUGAGCCCAUGUAUCUCUUUCUGGCCAUGUUGGCAACCAUUGACUUGGUUCUUUCUUCUACAACGCUGCCCAAAAUGCUUGCCAUAUUCUGGUUCAGGGAUCGGGAGAUCAGCUUCUUUGCCUGUCUGGUCCAGAUGUUCUUCCUUCACUCCUUCUCCAUCAUGGAGUCAGCAGUGCUGCUGGCCAUGGCCUUUGACCGCUAUGUGGCCAUCUGCAAGCCACUGCACUAUACCACAGUCCUGACUAGGUCCCUCAUCACCAAGAUUGGCAUGGCUGCUGUGGUCCGGGCUGUGACACUAACGACUCCACUCCCCUUCCUGCUGAGACACUUCCACUACUGCCGAGGCCCAGUGAUUGCCCAUUGCUACUGUGAACACAUGGCUGUGGUGAGGCUGGUGUGUGGGGACACCAGCUUCAACAAUAUCUAUGGCAUUGCUGUGGCCAUGUUUAUUGUGGUGUUGGACCUGCUCUUUGUUAUCCUGUCUUAUGUUUUCAUCCUUCAGGCAGUUCUCCAGCUUGCCUCUCAGGAGGCCCGCUACAAGGCAUUUGGGACAUGCGUGUCUCACAUAGGUGCCAUCCUGUCCACCUACACUCCGGUAGUCAUCUCUUCAGUUAUGCACCGUGUAGCCCGCCGUGCUGCCCCUCACGUCCACAUACUCCUUGCUAUUUUCUAUCUCCUUUUCCCACCCAUGAUCAAUCCUAUCAUCUAUGGAGUCAAGACCAAGCAGAUUCGUGAUUAUAUGCUCAGUCUAUUCCAGAGAAAGAACAUGUAGAUGGAUAGUUCUCUUUUCUUUAGCCCCUGGGUCAAGUAAUGAGAAUGCUGGAUUGGGGUUGAGAGGAAAAAUCUAAAUAGGAAAAUUGCUGAAUGUCUUUGACAAUUCUCUAGUAUGACAAGGAAAAUGAGGUUUCAUUCCUCACAGAUCUAUGAGUCAGGUCAAACCAGGAGUGCACCUAUAGUCUGGUCUGAUAGUAGAGGUUUGACCUUCCCAUUGUCAUAGACUCAUCAUAUGGCUAAGGAAGACAGCCCUCUCAAAGUAAUAUUGUAGUCUAGGUGGAAGACAGUAGGAAUAUUGGCUGAGAUUGGCCCAAACAGCUGAGUCACCCAAACAGGUGACUUCUUUAUCCAGGUAUGAGUGAGGAAAUGAACCACAAAUUUUGUGACCCCAAAACCAUUAUUCCUUUUAGUACUAAAAUUACCCCCAUGUCUUUUCUGACAAGUACCCUCCACCCUUUGCUCCUCUUUUUAUAGCCUACUAUUUCCCAAUUUUAUUUCUACAGUUAGACAGCUCCAUUUAUAAGUAGAUAUAUUUCUUCCAUUAAGUCAAUUCUUUUUACUUCCUUCCUGAUAGACAUGGCCAAUUCUUUUGGUGAACACUUAUCAAAAGAGUCCUCUGAUGUUCCUUUUUAUCAAUUUAUAUUAUCCUGUAUCUAGCUUUGCACAUGCAUGUCCUUUGCUUCCAAAAUACUUAGUAAUAUUUAUUAAAUGAAUAGAUAGAAGAGCCGAAUACCAUCUUUGAACUAUGGACCAUGAAAACAGAAAUAACACCAUUCCCUCUUGAAGCUGAGACUUCUGAAAAUAAGAAAAUAGAAUACAGUCACACACUGCAUAAUGAAGUUUUGGUCAGUGAUGGGUCACCUAUAUGAUGGUGAUUGAAUAAUAUUAUAGUAUCAUAUAUAUACUGUAUUUUUUUAAACUUUUAAGUUACAUGUACAGGUUUGUUAUCUAGGUAAACCCAUGUUGUGGGGGUUUUGUUGUACAGAUUAUUUCAUCACCCAAGUAUUAAGCCUAGUAUCCAUUAGCUAUUUUUCUGUUUAAAUACACAAAUACUUAUUGUGUUACAAUUGCCUACAAUAUUGGGUUUGUAGCCUAGGAACAACAGGCUAUACCAUAUAGCUUAGGUAUAUAGUAGGUGAUACCAUCUAGGUUUGUGUAAAUACACUCUAUGAUGUUCACAGGUUGAUAAAAUCACCUAAGGACACAUUUCUCAGAAUGUAUCCCCAUCAUUAAGCAAUGCAUGACUAGUUACACAUGAUUGUAGUUGUGGUAGACUGUAUUAUUGUUCACCGAUAUUUAGUCUCCUGUCCUAUCGGGGGUAGGAUAUUUCCUUCACUCCACCAAUUUUAAACUUUGCCAUGUGACUUGAUUUGGCCAAUGAAAUUCGAGUAGCCCUGAAAUGCAUUUCAAGAAUCAGAAAGUGUAUAAAAAAAUAACAGAUGCUGGUGAGGUUGUGGAGAAAAGGAAACACUUAUAUACUGCUUGUAGGAGUGUAAAUUAUUUCACCCAUUAUGGAAAGCAGUGGGCAAUUCCUCAAAGACCUAAAAACAGAAAUACCAUUUGACCGAGUGAUCCUUUACCAGGUAUGUACCCAAAGGAACCUAAGUUGUUCUACCAUAAAGAUAACAUGUAUGUGUAUGUUCACUGUAGCACUAUUCACAAUAGCAAAGACACAGAAUCAACCUAAAUGCAUAUCAGCAGUUGACUGGAUAAAGAAAAUGUGAUACAUAUGCAUCAUGGAAUACUAUGCAGCCAUCAAAAAGAAUAAGAUCAUGUCCUUUGCAGAAACAUGGAUGGAGCUAGAGGCAAUUAUUCUUUGCAAACUAAAAGGGGAAUAGAAAAAUAAAAUACCACAUGUUCUCACUUAUAAGUGGGAACUAAAUAAUGAGAACACGUGGACACAAAGAGGAACAACAGACACUGGGGCCUAUUUAAGGUAGGAGGGAGAGGAUCAGGAAAAAUAGCUAUCAGGUACUAUGGCUAGUAUCUGGGUGAUCAAAGAACUUGUACAACAAACUCCCGUGACACAAGUUUAUAUAACACACCUGCACAUGUACCUCUAACCUAAAAUAAAAUUUAAAAAGGACACUAUGAUAUUGGUGCAAAGAUUGAAUGGAAAGGAACAGAAAGACAAAAAGUUGCCUGGCCCAUAUAGACAUGUGUUAUUGCAGAUGUGUGUGAUACAUAUGCACCAUGGAAUAUAUGCAGCCAUCAAAAAGAAUAAGAUCGUGUCCUUUGUGGGAACAUGGAUGGAGCUAGAGGCCAUUAUGCUUUGCAAAUUAAAAGUUUGCAUUAACUUUCCUCCUUUCUUUCCCCUCAGCUGCAAAACCCAGCAAAGUUCCAGUUAGAGGUUGUGACAAAGCCAAAGUCCACCCACAAUGAAUAAGAAGUGUAAAUGAGAAAUAAACUUUGUGUUUGAGCUGCUAAUAAAACCUUAAACUGUAAAACAUGGUUAGAAGGCUUGGUUUAUCUUUCAUUCUUUCCCUCUGCCAGAAGAAUAAGCAUAUCACAGCCUAGACUCAUGAUGAAGAUCCAUGGAGCAGAUGUGAAUCUGACUCACUGCCUGUAGCAUAGUCAUAACUGACCCACAGUGUUCAUAUAAUAUGAACAAGGAUGAUUUUGUUGUUUUUGUAGUGAACCACUGAAAUUUGGGAGUUGUUUGUUUCACAGCCUUACUCAAGGAACACCAAUUGCUGGAGUUGUGAGUUCUAGCUUGCGUUUCAACUCAUGACAGCUCAAGACUGAAUAUUUAAAGAAAAAUAAAGAAAAUCCAGUCUUCUUACAACAUAUCAUAAAAUUAUUAAUUUCACUUAUCUCUGCUUUUGUCUUUCAAACUCUUAUGAUGAACACUUCUUCAGUCAGUUCUAUAAAAACAAGCUCCCAUACAUACCUUUACGUGAUCUACUUAUACUGUAGGGCCAACCCUACAGGGUUUAUGGGUUUUUCUCAUGUGUGGAGACAAGGGAUCAUAGAAAUAAAGACACAAGACAAAGAGAUAGAAGAAAAGACAGCUGGGCCCCGGGGGACCACUACCACCAAGACGCGGAGACCAGUAGUGGCCCCGAAUGCCUGACUGCAGUGUUACUUAUUGGAUACAAGUCAAAAGGGGCAGGGUAAGGAGUGUAAGUCAUCUCCAGUGAUUGAUAAGGUCACGUGAGUCACGUGUCCACCAGACAGGGGGCCCUUCCCUGUUUGGCAGCCAAGGCAGAGAGAGAGAGAGGACAGCUUACGCCAUUAUUUCUUCUAUGCAUUUCAAAGACUUUUAGCACUUUCACUAAUUCUGCUACUGCUAUCUAGAAAACAGAGCCAGGUGUACAGGGUGGAACAUGAAAGUGAAACAGGAGUGUGACCACUGAAGCACAGCAUCACAGGGAGAUGGUUUGGCCUCCCGAUGGCUGUAGGGGGACCUGACUGAUGUCAGGCCUUCCACAAGAGGUGUGGAACAGAGUCCUCUCCAACUCCCCCAGGGAAAGGGAGACUCCCUUUCCAGGUCUGCUAAGUAACGAUGCCUUCCCUAGGCACUGAUGCUACCGCUAGACCAAGGUCAGCUAAGUAGGGGUUGCCUUGCCAGGCACUGGCGUUACCACUAGACCAAGGAACCCUCUACUGGCCCUGUCCAGGCAUGAUAGAGGGCUCACACUUGUCUUCUGGUCACUUCUCCCCAUGCCCCUUCAGCUUAUAUCUCUGUAUGGCCUGGUUUUUCCUAGGUUAUAAUUGUAGAGCAAGGA